AGGGAAAGCUGCUGGAGUAAUCUAGUGUCCAUCCCCACUUGAUUCAUUUCGUGCCAACUAGUGAAAGGCGUGACGAAUUCAAAUUUAGCUGCUGCGUGCUGUCUGCAAGCAAGCAAUGCAAUUGGCUGUCGCUAGGUGGCGCUAGUCAAUCUUUUCAAGUGGCGCUAGUCAAUCAAAUUCGGCCAUUUUGAUCCUUGACGCAGCAGAACUGGAGUGCCGUUCGUGACGUUUCCCAAAAUGAAAAGGUCAUCGACUAUUGGUGGUGGCUGAAUGCGAUCGAAUUCGACUGCCUAUAGCCUCUUACCAACGAUUUUCUCACAGCAGAUUCCACAUAGCGACAGGGUAAAAGAAAAGGAAAAAAUUCCCGCAUUGGAACUUUUCAACAGAAAUGAUUUGCGGUUUUACCUUCACCUUCUUUUUACCUGUAGCUCCACCCUCAUAUUGCUGUUGGUUGUCAAAGUUCUCUCAUUUUUCGUAUAAAAUCGUGGACGAUUCGUUGGAAAGAAUCAGUUAUCCAGCUGUUUCAAACAAGUCAACUACUGCUCCAACAUGAAGUUCUUUAUCCUGAUUGCCUUUAUUGCGUUCGCUGCUGCCGAUUCCUACAAGGCUGCUGAAUACGAGGCUCCCAAGUACGAACCCCCUAAAUACGAGGCCCCUAAAUACGAAGAAGUGACAUACGCCCCUCAACCCUACAGCUUCGGAUACGACGUCCAGGAUAAAGAAUCUUACAAUGACUUUGAGCACAACGAGAAAUCUGACUACAACGUAGUCAGCGGAACUUACCGCGUUGUUCUCCCCGACAGCCGCAUCCAGAUCGUCACCUACAAGGCUGACGCCAACGGAUACACCGCUGAUGUGAAAUACGAAGGGGAAGCCAAGUACCCCGAGUACGCUGAGCUCCAAUCCAAAACUGGUGCUUCCUACUCCGCUCCAUCCUACAAGGCUCCCGAAUACAAACAACCGGCCUACGUCGCCCCCGCUUACACCGCGCCAUCCUACAAGGAGCCAGAGUACAAAGCCCCAGCCUACAACGCCCCUGCUGUCUACCCUAAAUAUUAAUCCGCAUUGUCAGUUGCUUUAUCUUAAUUCUGAGUUUAUUAUUUAAUAAAGUUUUCAAACGUG